AUCAAGUGGGUCCCACCUUCCAGACAUCACACGCCGUAUGCAUUCAUAGCUGCAUCCCAACAGGGUCCCUUCCCUUCCCUUCCCUCACUCCCUACUUCACUUCUUAACUAGCCUUACUACCAAAGCUAAAUUAUAGAGAGAGAAAGCUAGUGAGAGAGAGAGAGCAAAGAAAUGAUAGAGGAGGAUGGAGAAUGGGUGGUGGUGCGACGGCCGGCGGAGAAAGACUGGUGGAGGCCGAGUAGUUUGAUAGAGAAUAAUGAUGAUGAUGAAGAUAGGCCAUUGAAAAUUGUGUUCAGUGGGCCAGCUAAGCAUUGGACUGAUGCUAUUCCAAUUGGGAAUGGUCGCUUGGGUGCUAUGGUUUUUGGUGGUGUUGCAUCUGAAACUCUUCGUAUCAACGAGGAUACACUCUGGACUGGGACUCCGGGAAACUAUACUAACCCUAAUGCUCCAGAGGCACUAACACAAGUUAGAAAACUUGUUGGUGAUAGAAAGUAUGCUGAAGCCACUACAGAAGCGGUCAAAUUGUCAGGACUGCCUUCUGAGAUCUACCAAGUACUUGGUGAUAUCAAACUGGAAUUUGACGAUUCCCAUCUCAGCUAUGAUGAGAAAACAUAUCAGAGAGAGCUGGACUUGGACACUGCCACAGCAAGAGUAAAAUACUCUUUAGGUGAUGUGGAAUAUACGAGAGAGCAUUUUGCUUCUAAUCCAAAUCAAGUGGUUGUGACAAAGAUUGCUGCAAGCAAACCAGGGUCUGUAUCAUUUACAGUGCUUUUAGACAGCGAGUUGCAUCAUCAUUCAUAUACAAAAGGUGAAAAUCAGAUUUUUAUUGAAGGAAGUUGUCCUGGUAAAAGGGCCCCACCACAAAUAUAUGCAAGUGAUGGUCCCAAGGGAAUUGAGUUUGCUGCAAUUCUCAAGUUACAGAUUAGUGAGGGAAGAGGAAAGAUACAUGUUUUAGAUGACAGAAAAUUGAAGGUGGAAGGUUCAGAUUGGGCAGUUUUAAGUUUAGUGGCUUCAUCUUCAUUUGAUGGACCAUUCACUAUGCCUUCAGCGUCCAAGAAGGAUCCUACUUCCGCAUGCCUGCAUGCGCUAGAUUUGGUUAAAAAUUUAUCAUAUACUGAUCUAUAUGCACGUCAUUUGGAUGAUUAUCAGACUCUUUUUCAUCGUGUCUCACUACGGCUUUCAAAAAGCUCAAAGAGCAUUUUGGGAAACGGACCUUUGAAUAUGAAGAAAUUUUUGUCCUUUAAAAAUUAUCUAUCCCUUAAUGAGAGCAAAGAUGAUACCAUUUCAACUGCAGAGAGGGUAAAGUCAUUUCGAACUGAUGAAGAUCCAUCAUUAGUGGAGCUCUUAUUCCAGUAUGGUCGAUAUUUGCUUAUUUCUUGUUCAAGGCCUGGAACUCAGGUGGCAAAUCUACAGGGUAUAUGGAGUAAGGAUAAUGCGCCACCAUGGGAUGGCGCUCAACAUCUGAACAUUAAUCUACAAAUGAACUACUGGCCUGCCCUUUCUUGCAAUCUCCAUGAGUGCCACGAACCGUUGUUUGAGUACAUGUCUUCUCUGUCAAUUAAUGGAAGUAUGACAGCAAAAGUGAACUAUGAAGCAAAUGGUUGGGUGGCUCAUCAAGUGUCUGAUCUAUGGGCAAAAACAUCACCAGAUCGAGGUGAAGCUGUAUGGGCUCUGUGGCCAAUGGGUGGAGCCUGGCUUUGUAUACACUUAUGGGAGCAUUAUACUUACACCAUGGACAAAGAUUUUCUAAAAAAUAAGGCAUACCCUUUGUUGGAAGGAUGUGCAACAUUUUUGUUGGACUGGUUGAUAGAAGGACCUGGAGGAUAUCUGGAAACUAAUCCGUCAACUUCACCAGAGCACAUGUUUAUUGCUCCAGAUGGUAAACCUGCUAGUGUUAGCAACUCAACAACUAUGGAUGUGGAAAUCAUACAAGAAGUAUUCUCUGAAAUUGUUUCUGCAGCAGAGGUUCUGGGAAGAAAAGAGGAUGAACUUAUUCAAAAAGUCCGUGAGGCUCAGCCAAGACUUAGACCAAUUAAAAUUGCGAGAGAUGGUUCCAUUAUGGAAUGGGCUCAGGAUUUUGAGGACCCAGAGGUACAUCAUCGACAUGUUUCUCAUCUCUUUGGCCUGUUUCCAGGACAUACGAUAACUGUUGAGAAAACUCCAGACCUCUGUAAAGCUGCUGACUAUACCCUUUAUAAAAGAGGAGAGGAAGGUCCAGGAUGGUCAAGCAUGUGGAAAGCUGCACUGUGGGCACGCCUGCAUAACAGUGAGCACGCAUAUCGGAUGAUCAAGCAUUUGUUUGACCUGGUUGAUCCAGAUCGUGAAAGUGAUUUUGAAGGAGGUCUAUAUAGUAACUUGUUCACUGCACACCCUCCUUUCCAAAUUGAUGCCAACUUUGGUUUUCCAGCAGCAAUAGCAGAAAUGCUGGUCCAGAGCACGUUAAAGGACCUGUACUUGCUCCCUGCUCUUCCUCGGGAUAAAUGGGCGAACGGUUGCGUAAAAGGAUUAAAAGCACGUGGCGGGGUAACAGUCAACAUAUGCUGGAGAGAAGGGGAUCUUCAUGAAGUUGGUCUUUGGUCAAAGACACAUAAUUCUAUUACACGUUUACAUUAUAGAGGAACUAUAGUGAAUCUAACUAUUUCAUCUGGUAAAGUAUACACAUUCAAUCGUGAGUUAAAAUGCAUAAACACAUACACUCUUUCAGAAGCGGCUUCUUGUUGAAUGGUGAGGACAGGUAGACUUUUCAGAAAGAGCAUUACAUGAAUGUUUUCCUAAUAAUUCUGGACAGGAAACUGGUAAUCCUCCAUUUAUCUAUUCUUCAUUCUUUACUCACGUCUUGUCUUACUCUUGUAUUAGUCCUGAUUCCCAGCAAAUAAGCAAUUAGGCUUCAUUGUUUCUAUAGUUGAACAGAAGUUUUUCUAUGUAAACACAAUUCUGUCAGGAAAGAUUUAUGAUUCAGUUGGUCAA